GCUUGUCCGCCCUACCAUGUUAGAGAUGGAACUUCUCUUAUGGAUCCGAACAGUGGAUUUCUUCACCAAGAAAGUUUGUCUGCCAGUUCAUCUGUUCAUAUGCAGGAGGUACCUUCUAGUUAUUCUUCUGUUUCAGGGAAGGAAAAGUCUGCAGAUGAAAAGGAGCAGCCAUAUAAAUCAUUGCCCUUGCCCAUUUCAUCGGCUCAAGCGUCAGCAUAUCAUCAUAUGCAACCUCCAUUGCCUGAUAUUGGGAGAUCAGUGCAAGGUGAGCAGUCUUUGUUGUAUGGCAGUCAAGCAGCAGAUCCUGAAGCUGAUCUUAGCGAUAGGCCUUUAGAUUUUGCACCUAGGUAUAAUAACGAUCACGAACGACAAAUGCAAUCCAAUUAUGCUGCUCAUCAUGAACCAUUAGGGAGAGGCAUUGAUCCCAUUGCUAUGUCAUCAUCAUUUAACUCCUGGACUCCUCCAGUUGCACCUGAUGCAGUUUAUCCUCAUGUUCUUCCACCUCGAUCACAGCAUGAUCCGAUGUCUGCACCUUCCCCAGUUUCUGGACAUACACCUUCAUUUCCAAGGUUUCCUGGGCCUAGUUUUCAGCCACACAUUCCAUCUGCAACUGCUCCAUUUGGUCUUGGUGUGGGAACUCAACUUCAUCCUGCUGCAGCCUUUCCUGGUGAUAUGUAUGGGGCUGUUUCUGAACGACCCAAAAAGGGUCCUGUGCCUAAUUGGCUUAAGGAAGAAAUAUUAAGGAACAAAGCUAUAGCUAAGUCUUCUCUAGAACAUCCAAAAAAAGAAACAAACUCCAUUGAGGAUGAAGCUGUUGAUAAAUCCUUGGCUAAAAAUGAUCAAGCAGAUAGCAAAAGCAUUGAUUCUUCUAGAUCAACUGAAGAAGAGGAUGAUGAUGAGGAUUAUGUUGAAGCAGCUAGAACUGCAGCUAUUAACCAGGAGAUAAAACGUGUGCUAACUGAAGUCCUUUUAAAGGUCACAGAUGAGUUGUUUAGUGAAAUUGCAACCAAUGUUGUUAACAAAGAUGACUCAAUAGUUGAAGUUGAUCACAACACUGUUGCUUCAAAUCACAAGGUAUCACCAUCUUCUUCACUUGUCCCAACUCCUAAGGCUUCUGCAAGGGUACUGGUUCCAGGUAAAGCGAAAGAAUCAGACACUGCUGAAGAAAAAUCUAGUUCAAGCUCCCCUGACAAUGUGCUAGGCCUUGCAAACUAUGCCUCUGAUGAUGAAGAUGUACAUGAUGAAACUCAAAGUUCCAGGAUGCCAAAUUCAAGGAGUACUGAUGCUGUUGUGCAGUCCAGCAGUAAGAAGCUUUCACAAGACAGUGAUGUAACAGAUAAUGGCAAUUUACAGGCGGUACUUGAUGAGCACAAGGGAGCUGUAAAGAAUUUUGGAAGUGAUAUGAAGUCAAAUAACAGAAGUGACACUACUGAUGACAGUGCAGAUAGGAACUAUGAAAAAUCAUUUUCUUCCAAGGUGGUUUCUGGAUACCGAAGUAAUAUUAAUAGUGGAAAGCUGCAAGAUGGAAAUAAUGGUUCUAAGAUGAAUGAUACUUUAGUGGAACGGGUGACCAAAAAAUCUGAUUCCGAGCUGCCUGGUGAAUCUGCUGGCAAAAGAUCAACAAAACCCGAAUCACAAAGUAGGGAAACGAGAGUAAAAUCAGAUAAGAAUGAUCGACAUGAAAGUAGAAAGAGUUCUUUCAGUAAAGACCCCGGUAGUGGUAGGGAGUUGGAGGUCAUUAAGAGUAGGGGAGAGCAGAAGGGAGAUGAGAAUUACAUGAGGGAGGAUGAGAGGCUUAUAAAGCAAAAGAUAGAAGAUCGGAGUGGCUCAAAAGAGAGAGAAAAAGAGCCUAAAUCUGCGGAGAAAGCCAAGGAAUCUGAUUCAAUAAAAAGAUCUAGUCAUCAUGAUACCAAGAAUGACAAGAAAGAUGCAAGUAGAUCUAAUAGAGCUGGUGCCAAAGAAGAUGUUGGCAGGAAAAGAGAACGGACAAAAGAAGAAGAUAGAUCAAGACAUAAACGUGGAAGUGACUCAAGCAGGCACAAGAAAAGAAGGUCCUUGUCCAGCAGCAGUAGAGGCAGAAAGAGUAAGGAUAACUCCAGUGAUCAUGGUAAUGAAUCAAGUGAUGAAACAUCAGACAGUUCUAAGAGGAAGUCACGUUCAAGAAAACGGUCAUCACCUUCUCCUGUCAAGUCUAGAAGAAGACAAGUUUCGCGGUCACCACAUAGCAAGCAUUCUCAGCACAGGCAUUCUCCCUACUCUUCUUCUGAGACUACCAGGGGAAGGAGGUCGAGGUCGAGAUCACCUGUUCGGCGAUAAAGAUGCUUCGAACAAAGAGUUUCAUUUCAUUUAUACAGGUUGACGAGCAGCAGCUAAAGAAAUUUCUGCUCCAUGAUAUCUGGAACACCUCUUGAAAUCUGCAAGUCACUAAUUAUCCAGCUACAAGUGAGAUGCAUGAUGAAGAGGAAACCGAGAUAGGUAUGCCGUAUGAUAGGUAUAUUUCAAUGAUUACUCUAUCCCGAUGCUCAUGAUUCGGUAUUCGAACCCGUGAUUUGGCGCUUUCGCAUGAAAUAUUUCGUGCACAUAUAUUUCCUUCUCUUUCCGUCGCCUAGUUUUUGAUUUAAUCUUUCCCCAGUUUGUGUUAGCCAUAGGCAUGCAAUGUGAUUUCCUUGUAACUUUUGUA